UCUACCUUUUUCUCUACUCACUGUAUUCUGUCUACAAUACACUCCUUGUGGGUAUCCACUGUUUCCUCCCCCCUUAUUUCUAAGUAGUCCGUUACCUCUAAGCCCACACCUUUCUCACUCUGCCUCAAUCUGCCUUUACACACAAAAGACUGUAAACCUGUUUGUCUGGCUGCAACCCCGGAAACCCAUCAAAGAAACAGUAAGAGAGAGAGAGAGAGAGAGAGAGAAGACAAAGAGAAAAACGGACAGAGAAACAAAGAAAGGCUCAGCCAGACCAAGAACAAAGCAUUCUUAUAUAUAGCAAUUUUCCUCUCUAAGAAGAGUUUAAAUAGGUAGCCUGUAACACCCAUGUUUUCGAUAAAUGAAGGCACACCCUAUUUGCAUGUUACAGAUGAGAACAGCGUUGGGCCACACGCAGGGGGCAGGAGAGUGCCUGGGGAUGAGAGUGUAACGUGGACUCCUCUCUACUCUAGAACUAUGGUAAACCACCGCACUUUGAACAUCUCUGGAUUACCUGAUUUCAUUUGAUUGUUGGGGAACCCAGUACACCGGAUCAACUGAUGUUCAAGUCAAGCUUUGAAGUCAUAAGAAGAAAAUGACAACAUUCACCAACUGGCCAAGUAUUGAUUUCAGACUGACAGACCACUUCCUCAUUUGACUAUCAUAGACAAAACCGACAGGCAUAAACUAACAGACUGUAUUGAACAGAUUCAACUUGGACAAACACAUCAAACUGGCAUCUUUCUUUUAGACAAUGGCCACAGGAGGGACGAGGCUGGGAUCUGACAACUGGCCAAAGUCCACCUUCCAGCUCUCGAGUGCCUCUAACCGGCGUCUAGUGGACAAAGCCCUGAAGAGGCUGGAUAAGCUGCAUGGGUUGUGUACGAACCCCAGACUGGGCCUGAGGAACAGCCCCCCGUAUCUUCCUGGUUUGGUCUCUGAGACGGCCAAAUUGCUUUCCCAAGUUUGGGAACCACACCGGGGACCUGGGACAGGGGUGCAGGCGCCCAGGGAAGAUGAGGGGGAGUACCUGACAAUCCACACAAGACACCUGCUGGAUAAGACAAACCGGGCCUUGCUGCUGUUUAAAGAGGGACGAGAUAAGAUGUUUGAGGAAACGUCCAGCUACAGGAGGAACUUGACCAAGCUGUCCCUUCUCUUCAGCCACAUGCUCUGGGAGUUAAAGGCCUUGUUUCCAGAGGGCCGUUUUCAAGGUGACACCUACAGGCUGAAUAAAACAGAGGCCAAAGAGUUCUGGAGGCGAGCAUUUGGAACAAAGUGUAUCGUCCCGUGGAACCAUUUUAAGCAGCAUCUCCGUAGCGUACAUAGCUUUGAGGAGGGGAUGGAGACCAUGGCUCUAAAGUCCACUUUAGACCUCACGUGCAGUGACCACAUCACAGUGUUUGAGUUUGACAUCUUCACUCGACUAUUCCAGCCCUGGAAGUCUCUGCUCAGGAACUGGAACCAGUUAGCAGUUACCCACCCCGGAUACAUGGCUUUUCUUACCUACGACCAGGUUAAAGCACGUCUCAAACACUACCUGUACCGACCUGGGAGCUACAUCUUCCGUCUGAGCUGCACGAAAAUGGGUCAGUGGGCCAUCGGUCAUGUGACUGGUGAUGGUAGCAUUGUACAGACCAUCCCCCAGAAUACCCCGCUCUACCAGGCCCUCAACCAAGGCUUUAAGGAGGGCUGUUACGUGUACCCUGACGGACGUGAUGUGAACCCGGACCUCACCAGCCUGUGUGAACCAGCACAGAGAGGAAAGGUCAAAGUGUCUGAGGAGCAGUAUGAGAUGUACUGUGAUAUGGGCAGUACGUUCCAGCUGUGUAAGAUCUGCACAGAGAGGGACAAGGACACACGUAUCCAGCCUUGUGGUCAUCUGCUGUGCCAACCCUGUCUCUCAGGCUGGCAGAAAUCAGAUGGACAUUCCUGCCCCUACUGUCGCUGUGACAUCAGAGGAACAGAGUCUGUCCUGGUGGAGCCUUACCUGCCAGUCAGCGAGGUAGAGGAGGAUGAGGAGGAGGAGGACGAUGACCUGGAGGAUGUACAGCUAGUAAUGGAAAGACUGGCCUCUAUGAAGAGAAUGUCGUCUGAAGAGUGUCAGAUCCCAAGCUCCUGCCUUGCUCCACCCCUCCCUCCCAAACACAGAACCUCCUCCCCCUGUCCCUCCCAACAAGCCCUCAUAUUGCCCAGUUUGCCUAAUAGACAUGCUCAAUAUUCCCACUCUAAUUCUGUGAGUUCAUCCCCACUCACAAUCCGCAGAAUUGACAGUAACCGUGCCACCAUGGAUAGAAGUCAAACCUUUGAUUGCUGAUGGGACUUCGAGGACUGACAACUUUUGAAGAUAAGUUGGAGUGAGGUUCUACUAUUGCCAAUGUCUUUAACUCCACCUCUAGAGGGCGCCCUCUCCUUUACAGAAUGUAAAAAUGUACAGUUUUUUUUAUAAUUGCUUACCCACUAAAAAUAACACUGAGUUUGUGAACCCUGACACUCAAGGAGGAAAACCUCAGCGCAGAUCUGCACAGCUAUGAGCACAUUCUCAGCCUCACGGUGUUUUGCAAUACACUAAACACACUUCUCUACACAGAAAUAGACACAGAAAUCUAAAAUGAUAUCUAACACAUCUUUGCCAUUUCUAGACACUGCCUUUCAAAACAUCACAUAUACGAACCAACUGAUCAAACAUGACCAUCAGGUGUACAGACACAUUGGUUCUUAACUGUAAAUUCACCAAUUACACGUAAAUACUAUAAAAGGGCAAAUGGUGAUUGUUUACCAGUUUUCAGCAAAAAUGGAAAGAUAACAUUACAGUAAGCGGGAGAGGGAGAGCGAGGAUGAGAGGGGGAGCCUGUGGAGGAAGACGAGUACGGAGAAGAAGAGGUAGACCUGGAGGAGGAUGUGGAUGAUGUUGUAAACCAUGGGUUAACAUUGAGAGAGGCUGGACAGAGAGUUCACCUCAACCUCAGCAGAUAUACUGCUGCAACAGUUUUCAAUAAUGUCCAUCAGGUCUCUCUGAAUCCUAAAAAAAAAACAUCAAAUACAGAUGAAACAACUCUACCGAAUACCAUUCGAAAGAAAUUCUGAGACCGACUACCUGACAUCGUCACAGCAGAAAACCAAAUUGAUGCAGAGCAGAUGAGAUACAUACAUGGGAUACCCCUCAUUCAAGCCAUGGAGGAGGCCUGUAA